UAUGUGUGCGUGUGUACACACACUUGGAGAGAUAAAGAGAGAGCAACUUUGUUCCUUGUUGUCAAAAGCUUGGGAGUGUAUAACCAUGUCGAAGACCAAUUCACAGGUCAUAACAUGCAAAGCGGCGGUGUCGUGGGGGGCGGGGCUACCCUUGAAGGUGGAAGAGAUACAAGUGGAGCCUCCAAAAUCAUCAGAAAUUAGGAUUAAGAUGCUGUGUGCAAGUCUAUGCCACACUGAUAUCCUUUGCUGCAAUGGCCUUCCAGUUCCUUUGUUCCCACGAGUUCCUGGGCAUGAAGGUGCUGGGAUGGUAGAGAGUGUUGGUGAAGGAGUGAGAGGUUUUAAAGAAGGUGACAUUGUGAUGCCAACCUACAUAGGGGAGUGUGGGAAAUGUGAGAAUUGCAAGUCAGGGAAGUCAAAUUUGUGCUUGGCAUACCCUUUGGGUUUCAGUGGUCUAAUGCCUGAUGGCACAUCAAGAAUGUCCAUCAAUGGCCAAAAAUUGUACCACUUUUUUAGCUGCUCCACAUGGUCAGAGUACAUAGUUAUUGAUUCUAACUAUGUUGUCAAGCUUGAUCCAAGGAUAUCACUCCCACACGCUAGCUUUAUCUCUUGUGGCUUCGCAACUGGAUUUGGGGCAACUUGGAAGGAAGCCAAAAUUCACAAGGGUUCUUCUGUGGCUAUUUUGGGUCUUGGUGCUGUUGGACUAGGGGUGGUAGAGGGAGCCAGAAACCGUGGGGCAUCCAAAAUAAUUGGCAUAGACAUAAAUGACAAAAAACGGGAGAAAGGAGAGGCCUUCGGCAUGACUGAUUUCAUAAACCCUAGUGAUUCUGAUAAACCUAUCUCAGAAUUGGUUAAGGAGUUUACAGGAGGAACAGGUGUUGACUACUGCUUCGAAUGUACUGGAGUCGCAACAUUAGUCAACGAGGCCCUUGAAGCUACAAAAGUGGGAAUUGGGACGUCCAUAUUAAUUGGUGCAGGACUUCAACAGAAAGGGAUGAUCAAUUUUGUCCCCCUAUUAUGUGGCAGAACUUUAAAGGGUUCAAUUUAUGGCGGGCUCAAAAUCCAAUCAGAUCUUCCAACCAUAUUUGACAAAUGUAUAAAUAAGGAAAUCAAUUUAGAUGAGCUAUUGACCCAUGAAGUUUCACUGGAUGAAAUAAACAAAGCAUUUGAGCUAUUGAAACAGCCCGACUGUGUCAAGGUCCUUAUCAACAUUUGAAUGUUCUAAGCACCAAAUCUUAUUAUGCCUAUCAAGAUUAUCCUGGUGGAGAUAAUAUGGUUACUCUCUUAUUGGACAAACAUGUUUUUAAAGUGGAGCAUAUGACCUUCAUCGUUGUUAAAUACUCUUCUUCCCUGAUAUGUAAUUCCUUCUCUUUGAUGUCUAGUUCCUCUGUUUGGUUCCAAAAAAAAAAAAAAAAAAUCAAGAUUUGACUUUGUCCCACUAAUAAUCUCUACUUGUAUUCAUAAGCAUCUUCAAGUUGACUCACCAGUCAUCUUUGCAAUAAACAUUUUCAAAAUUAAUGAUA